UGUGCUGAUACUCUGGGAGUAUUAAGAUGCCUAUCACUCUGUAUUCUCUUGUAGCAACCUGGGCGAAGAAAACGACGAUCUGCUUCCAAUGAAGUGAACGACCAGUUUGUAGAGCUCACUAUUGGUGUUUUGGAAGUCCUCAAGAUGCUUAAAAACCUGGAAACACCCCUUGGUGGUGCAAUGAGUAGUUCAGCAAGGACCUGUAAAGAAAUUAUGCUUCUCAAUAGCACGUUACCUGACGGCAAAUACUGGCUUGAUCCUAACGGAGGAUGCGCAGAAGAUGCCUUCCAAGCUGAGUGCAAGUUCUCCUCUGGAGGACAAACUUGUGUAUAUCCAAACCAACAACAGGAUGACAAAUUAAAGGACAAGGUCAAGUUCUCUUACGACGUAAGUCCAACACAGUUCAAGUUCCUUCGUCUACUGAGCAAAGAAGGUGUCCAAGACGUCUCACACGAAUGCCUCGACAAUGCCUUCGACCUGACCAUAUCUAGUUUUAACGGACAAAAGAUUUCCUCUUCUCAUCCUCAGUGUAAGACCGGCCAGAACCAAGUGCACUCCGUCACCAAGAAGGAAUUACUUCCUUUGAAAGACAUGUCUACCACACACCAGCAGCCAAUCAGAUACACGCUCGGCCCAGUCUGUUUCCAAUAAUUUGCGUCUUUAGUUGUUAAGUUUAUUUUUACCGUAGUGUCAGGAUAGAAAUUCAACUCAGAAUCAGAUUCGUAUCACUGGGUGCGAAGAGCAACAAGUCUUAAUAACAGAAAGAGAACAAUUAAUAGCAGUCGAGAGUGGAACAGAUGCUUACUCCCUUGUAUGUGUUAGUAUAAAUAAACUGUACCUAUAUAAAUGUAUACGUGUUUGUAUAUCAAGAACGUUGGGAGUUGUAAACAUGCUUAAAAUACAAAUGGUUUCUCUCA